AUGUGGCUAGUUAUGGGAUACAACACCUGGAAUGCAUACUGGUGCAACAUCAACGAGACACUAAUCCUUGAAACUGCCGACCUCAUGGUCUCUCUUGGUUUGAGGGAUGUAGGUUACGAGUACGUAAACCUUGAUGACUGUUAUUCGGAGAAGAAACGAAAUGAAAACGGGGACAUCAUUGCCCACAAAGAGCGCUUUCCUUCUGGAAUGAGGUCCUUGACUGAUCAUAUCCAUGGCCUUGGAAUGUCAUAUGGGGAUUCCGGUUGGUAUACUUGUCAAUAUUACCCAGGCUCGUUCCAGAAUGAAGCAAGGGAUGCAAAGUUGUUCCAUGAAGAUUGGGGAUUUGACUUAUUGAAGUAUGACAAUUGUGCAGUACCUUACGAUGAGAUUAUUCGAGAGGGCAUGAUUGGCAAGUUCACUGUUAUGGCCAACGCGAUCAAGGACCUGGCCAAGUCAACUGGAAAGCCGCCAAUGCUCUUUUCUUUGUGUCAGUGGGGUCGUCUUGAACCCUGGCUGUGGGCACGUAACCUAGCUCCAACCUGGAGAACAACGGAUGAUAUAGGUGCCAACUGGCCGUCCAUCGCCAGUAUCAUCAACCAAAACUCCUUCUAUGCAUGGGCUUCAGAUUUUUAUGGCCAUAACGAUAUGGAUGUCCUUGAAGUUGGAAACGGUGACCUCACAUAUGAAGAAUCCAAGACCCAUUUCACGGCCUGGAGCCUCAUGAAGUCACCUCUACUUAUCGGGACCCAUCUUGCUUCGAUCUCCCAAGAAACGCUGAGUAUCUUCAAGAAUAUCGAAGUCAUCGCAAUUAAUCAAGACCCAGUCGUCGGUCCUGGUCCUAAUUGGUCUUUCAACAAAACCCAUCCGGCCCAGUACUGGAGUGGGGACAGUCAAAACGGAACAAUUUUUAUGUUGAUCAACACCCUCGACGAACCAGCUGACAUGUUCUUCAACUUGACCGAAUCCCCGUGGAUACGCUCAGGGAGACAAUACGCUGUGCGAGAUCUCUGGACCCACACUGAUAAUGGAACCGCUGUCCGCAACUUUACUGCCCGUGCGGUUCCACCUCACAGUGUCGUAGCACUGUUGCUGAAGGAUGCCGGUAACGAGCCUGAAGGGUUGAUCCCAAAAUGUGCUGCGAUGGAACCUUGGUCAGAUAAUUGGUGUACCGAUCAGAACGGUACUCAUGUACCUUGA